AUCUUGCAGCGCGCGGGAUCGCCAGCCAGAGACUGUGGCCAGAGUUAGCUGAAGGUUGUCCUGCAUAGACCCUUUCCAUUGCCAGCCUGCCAAGCAGCCCCGCCCUGGCUGCCCAGUCCCAAGUCUAGGUUAAUGCAGUAACUCGUCGCUUGCAGCCCCACUCUGAGCAGCGACUCGUUCUGGUGCCUACCCCUGAGAAAAGAGACGCCGGACAGUCAGCCUCCCGGCGGCCGCGAUGCCGAACGUGCAGCUGCCGCCCAAGGAGAGCAACCUCUUCAAACGCAUUUUGAAAUGUUAUGAACAGAAGCAAUACAAAAAUGGCCUCAAGUUUUGCAAGAUGAUUCUUUCGAACCCCAAAUUUGCUGAACAUGGAGAGACUUUGGCUAUGAAAGGAUUAACAUUGAACUGUUUAGGAAAAAAAGAAGAAGCAUAUGAAUUUGUUCGUAAAGGACUUCGUAAUGAUGUCAAGAGUCAUGUCUGUUGGCAUGUAUACGGGCUCCUGCAGCGUUCUGAUAAGAAAUAUGAUGAAGCUAUUAAGUGUUACCGAAAUGCCCUCAAGUUAGAUAAAGAUAAUUUGCAAAUCUUGAGGGAUCUCUCUCUGUUGCAGAUCCAAAUGAGAGACCUUGAAGGUUACCGAGAGACAAGAUAUCAGCUUCUUCAGUUGCGCCCAACACAACGUGCUUCCUGGAUUGGAUAUGCCAUUGCAUACCAUUUGCUGAAAGAUUAUGAUAUGGCAUUAAAACUAUUGGAAGAAUUUAGACAAACUCAGCAAGUCCCUCCCAACAAAAUAGACUAUGAAUAUAGUGAACUGAUACUAUAUCAGAAUCAAGUGAUGAGAGAAGCAGAUCUAUUCCAGGAAUCUUUGGAACAUAUAGAAACACAUGAGAAGCAAAUAUGUGAUAAACUUUUAGUGGAAGAAAUUAAGGGGGAAAUACUUUUGAAAUUGGGAAGAUUAAAAGAAGCCAGUGAAGUAUUCAAAAACUUGAUUGAUCGGAAUGCAGAAAAUUGGUGUUACUAUGAAGGUUUGGAAAAAGCUCUACAACCUAGCACUUUGGAAGAGAGGCUUCAGAUUUAUGAAGAAAUUAGUAAGCAGCAUCCCAGAGCAAUAUCACCUAGAAGAUUACCUUUGAAUAUCAUCCCAGGUGAAAAAUUUAGAGAACUAAUGGAUAAGUUCCUGAGGGCGAACUUCAGUAAAGGCUGCCCACCCUUGUUUACUACUUUGAAAUCUUUAUACUAUAAUACAGAAAAGGUUUCUAUAAUCCAAGAACUUGUUACUAAUUAUGAAGCCUCUCUUAAAACGUGUGACUUUUUUAGUCCUUAUGAGAAUGGGGAGAAGGAGCCGCCAACAACUCUACUCUGGGUUCAGUAUUUCCUGGCACAGCACUUUGAUAAACUUGGGCAGUAUUCUUUGGCUCUGGAUUAUAUUAAUGCUGCAAUUGCUAGUACUCCAACUCUAAUAGAAUUAUUCUAUAUGAAAGCAAAAAUUUACAAGCAUAUGGGUAAUCUCAAAGAAGCUGCAAAGUGGAUGGAUGAAGCUCAGUCUUUGGACACAGCUGAUAGAUUCAUCAAUUCUAAAUGUGCAAAGUACAUGCUUCGAGCAAAUAUGAUAAAAGAAGCAGAGGAAAUGUGCUCCAAGUUCACAAGGGAAGGAACAUCUGCUAUGGAAAAUCUAAAUGAAAUGCAGUGUAUGUGGUUUCAGACAGAAUGCAUUUCAGCUUAUCAGCGCCUAAAGAGAUUUGGGGAUGCCUUGAAAAAAUGCCAUGAAAUAGAGAGGCAUUUUUUUGAGAUAACCGAUGAUCAAUUUGACUUCCAUACAUACUGCAUGAGAAAGAUGACCCUUCGUGCCUAUGUUGACCUUUUGAGAUUAGAAGAUAUUCUCAGAAGACAUUCCUUUUAUUUCAAGGCUGCUCGAUCAGCAAUUGAAAUAUACUUGAAAUUAUAUGAUAAUCCUCUAACCAGUGAAAGCAAACAACAAGAAAUAAAUUCAGAAAACCUUUCAACUAAAGAAUUAAAGAAAAUGCUUAGCAAGCAGCGAAGAGCUCAGAAAAAGGCUAAAUUAGAAGAAGAGAGAAAACAUGCGGAAAGGGAACGUCAACAAAAAAGUCAAAAGAAAAAAAGAGAUGAAGAAGAAGAAGAAACCAGUGGUCUUAAGGAAGAACUUAUACCUGAUAAACUGGAAAGGGUAGAAAAUCCACUAGAAGAAGCCAUCAAGUUCCUUAUACCUCUUAAGAACCUUGUCGCUGAUAAUAUUGACACCCAUCUGUUAGCAUUUGAAAUAUAUUUUAGAAAAGGAAAGUUUCUGUUAAUGCUGCAGUCUGUCAAACGAGCUUUUGCCAUCAACAGUAAUGACCCUUGGUUACAUGAAUGUUUAAUUAAAUUUUCCAAAUCUGUGUCUGAUCACAGUAAUCUUCCAGACAUUGUGAACAAAGUUCUAUCUCAAGAAAUGCAGAAAAUAUUUGUCAACAAAGAUUUAGAAAAUUUUAACGAGGAUUUUCUCAAACGUAACACUACCUCUCUUCAGCAUCUGCUUUCAGGUGCUAAAAUGAUGUAUUUUCUGGACAAGUCAAGGCAAGAGAAAGCAAUUGCUAUAGCCACUAGACUGGAUGAAACUAUAAAAGAUAAAAAUGUAAAGACUUUGUUGAAGGUUUCUGAGGCACUGCUUGAUGGCAGCUUUGGAAACUGUAAUUCCCAGUACGAAGAAUAUAGGAUGGCCUGUCACAACCUGUUUCCUUUUACAUCUGCUUUCCUGCCUGCUGCGAAUGAAGUCCAUAGUCCUCGUGUGGCACUGAACCAUACAGCUAACUAUGAUGUCUUGGCAAAUGAAAUUUGAAAUCUCAUAGAAAGUUGAUUCCUACAGACUCAAUUCUGAAUUCACAUCAGGGUUUCUUUUCCAGUGUGCAUUUUAACAUAAAUAUGAAAGAAAUAUUUGAAUAGAAUUUUUAAAUGGAGUUUUCUGUAAGCUUAUUUUAGUCUUUAUUGGACCCUUCCAGUUUACAUGAAUAUCUCCUAAAAUUACUUAUUUAUACUUGUAUAGUUUUCUUCAGUUCCCAAAUCAUCAGCACUAUGGUAACUGCUGUCAUUUCUCUAUCACAGUGAGAAUAAUUUUUUAUUAAAGUCAUAUAUAGCCUCCCUGUAUUAUUUUCUUUAGAGCCUGGUCUCAGGAUUUGUGUUUUGAUCCCCUCUCUUAUUGGUUUGUUUUAUUGUUGUUAAUUUGCUUGCUUUUUUUUUUGGUUUUAUUUUAAAGUGUUAACUAUAUUUUAAAAUACAAAUUUUUUCUUGGUAGAUAUUAAGGUUUUCUUUAAAGUUCCUUUUUUUUCAUCUUUUCCUGAUUUACUAUUUUGUUUUUAAUACUCAUAAAAAUUGAACUUUUUGAUUGAAUAACGGUUUUCUGCUUUUAUAUAGAUGAUUGAGAAUGAGAAAAUUAGUUUAUCUCUUAAUCAUGAAAAUUCACUGAUAAGUUUGCAUAUCUUAAAGAUCCACAUGCAAGAAUUACACUUUCUUGACUGGGUUUGUUUUGAGUGUUAACAAGUGAGAAGUGCUAUUCAAGGGAGUAAAAUAGGGUAGAAUACAAAUAAAAAGGAAGCACUGUCACUCUUGCAGCUGUGCAUUAACUAUUAAGAGCAUUUUUAUCUCUUAGUAAAAUGAGAAUUGAAGCUAUCAUCAAUGUAACUCUUAAAUCAUUGUAUUAUUGAACAGUAUUUUGGGGUAGGUAGUUUUUUGUUGUAUCUUAUAUAGAAAACAAUGGAGUCACUCAAUAUGUCUCAGAACUAUGUAAAUAUGUCUGUAAUAUUACUGCUUAAAGCAAAUAUAAACUCAAAAAGGGAGAUUUUAUUUAGAGAAGCAGUCCUAAUUAAAAUGGGUUUCCUUUACCCUUAUUUCUUUAGAUUCAUAAUUGCUGCAAAUGGAAGAACUCACUGUAAAAUAAUGCCAACUUAGAUAAUGCUAUAAUAAAUUAUUUUGUACACAGUU